GGCAGUGAUUAGCGAUGCAGCGAAGGUGGUAAACGACGUCGUGCAACAGGCAAAAUUCUGGUUUUGAGGAAAGUUGCAGGCACGGGUAAUGGUGUUGACCUUGGCAAUGGAGUCGGUUUCUGUUAGUCAUACAAUCUUUGCAACGAAUCAAAGGAACCCCGUUAGAAUUUCACCACCAAUUCAUGUAGGAAGAAAGUUUCACUUCCGAGCUGCUCGUUGUCGCUUUGGUUUCCUCUCUUGUUCCAAGAAAUCUAAUUUCCAAGAUUUUCAGGGCUUUGCAAAACCUUCACGUCUUUUACCAUCCACAGAACUUAAAGUCUGUACAGAGACCUUGGGAGAAAAUAUUUUUUCAUCUACCAGCUUGAAUGGAGCACGGUCUUUUUACAAGGUUAGGUUGCAAACAAGUAGAAUGUAUGGCUCAAGUUUGAGUAAUAUAAAUGCUGGAAUACUCUUAUGUUUGAUAGAUGAGAAAGGUGAUUCAAUAUUACAGAGGAUACCUGCAUAUUUGUUAAUUGAAGAUCCUGCAAAGUUAGAGAACGUUACAGAGCCUGAAACUCUCUAUUUCCAAAGAGGUUCAGUUGAUGAAUUUGUCUUUGAGGGACCGAACUUGGGGAAGGUUGAAGCUCUUUGGAUCAGUCUUGAAUCAGGUCAGUGGAGAUUAGGAGGUGUCAGCCUGAUCAUCCUUAAUGCAUCUCAACCUUCCUUUGAGGAAGAUUAUGGGGACAAUGUUGAAUUUAUUGGUUCUAAAUAUAACUUCAAAGUUGAUGAGAUCUUGCUUGGAGAGGGUGGUGAUGAGUCCAUGGUGGAACUAAGACCUUGCCUUGUUACUGAGUUAUCUGGGCCUAAUCUCUUCAAAAUGUUUAGCAAGGGCUUCUCACAACCAACUUUACCCUUGAGUGACCAGAUAUCUAAUGAGAAAAGUAUGAAGGAAUAUGCAGAUUUGAAGUUCUCUUUGUUACUAUAUGAUGCUGUUCUUAUAUUUGUUGGUACAUCGUUUGCAUCCUUCUCAAUUGGGGAAAGUUCUGCUCUCGCAUUCUUACUCGGCGGGAUCAGUGGUUUUCUAUAUUUGUUGCUAUUGCAAAGGUCUGUUGAUGGAUUAUCAGCUUCAGAAUUAAUCUCCAAGAAUCCUGGAGAUCAAAUGGUCAGAUUUAGGAGUCCACUUUCAAUCCUGGCACUGGCUGUGGCACUUUCUUUAUUAGCAGUUAAGUAUGGCGUGGGAGAUACUCCAUUUGUGUUGACUCCGAAAGAACUCUUGGUUGGAAUGAUAGGAUUUCUUGUAUGCAAAGUUGCAGUGGUUUUGGCUGCAUUUAAGCCCUUGCCUGUGAGUAUCGAGGAGAGGGAGUGAUGUAUCUUAUUUCAUUCCCUUCUGGGGAAGUAUUGGUAACCUAAAUUAUACAAAUUACCCAAAUGAAGAUGUGGCAGGUGCUCUAUGGAUGCCCGUUACCUUUAACUGAAA